UCCGUCCUGACGAGGCCGUGGCCUGAGGCUCAGGGCCCCCCAGCCCCUCCCUCCCAAUCCACCAGCGUCACCCCCCAGCCCCGAGCUGGACCGCACACCUUGGGACACGGUUUUCCACUUCCUAAGGACGAGUCCCAGACUGGAGGAGAGGUCCGAGGAGGUGGGCGUUGGACUCUUCGCGAGGACCCCGGCAGUGGGCCCCGGGGAGGCGGCCGAGGCGGCGGCGGCCGGGGGCGACAUGGCGGAGGAGCAGGACCUCUCCGAGGUGGAGCUGAGCCCCGUGGGCUCCGAGGAGCCCCGCUGCCUGUCCCCGGGGAGCGCGCCCUCGCUGGGGCCCGACGGCGGCGGCGGCGGCGGCGGCGGAUCGGGCCUGCGAGCCAGCCCGGGGCCCGGCGAGCUGGGCAAGGUCAAGAAGGAGCAGCAGGACGGCGAGGCGGACGAUGACAAGUUCCCCGUGUGCAUCCGCGAGGCCGUCAGCCAGGUGCUGAGCGGCUACGACUGGACGCUGGUGCCCAUGCCCGUGCGCGUCAACGGCGCCAGCAAGAGCAAACCGCACGUCAAGCGGCCCAUGAACGCCUUCAUGGUGUGGGCGCAGGCGGCGCGCAGGAAGCUUGCCGACCAGUACCCGCACCUGCACAACGCCGAGCUCAGCAAGACGCUGGGCAAGCUCUGGAGGCUGCUGAACGAGAGUGACAAGCGCCCCUUCAUUGAGGAGGCCGAGCGGCUCCGGAUGCAGCACAAGAAGGACCACCCGGACUACAAGUACCAACCGCGGAGGCGGAAGAACGGGAAGGCGGCCCAGGGGGAGGCAGAGUGCCCCGGCGGGGAGGCCGAGCAGGGCGGCACUGCCGCCAUCCAGGCCCACUACAAGAGCGCCCACUUGGACCACCGGCACCCGGGAGAGGGCUCCCCGAUGUCAGACGGGAACCCUGAGCACCCCUCAGGUCAGAGCCACGGCCCACCCACUCCUCCAACCACCCCAAAGACAGAGCUGCAGUCGGGCAAGGCAGACCCCAAGCGGGAUGGGCGCUCCAUGGGGGAGGGUGGGAAGCCUCACAUCGACUUCGGCAACGUAGACAUCGGUGAGAUCAGCCACGAGGUAAUGUCCAACAUGGAGACCUUUGAUGUGGCUGAGUUGGACCAGUACCUGCCACCCAAUGGGCACCCAGGCCACGUGGGCAGCUACUCAGCAGCUGGCUAUGGGCUGGGCAGCGCCCUGGCUGUGGCUAGUGGACACUCCGCCUGGAUCUCCAAGCCGCCAGGCGUGGCUCUGCCCACAGUCUCACCACCUGGGGUAGAUGCCAAAGCCCAGGUGAAAACGGAGACCGCGGGGCCCCAGGGUCCCCCACACUACCCCGAGCAGCCGUCCACCUCGCAGAUCGCCUACACCUCCCUCAGUCUGCCCCACUAUGGCUCCGCCUUCCCCUCCAUCUCCCGCCCCCAGUUUGACUACUCUGACCAUCAGCCCUCAGGACCCUAUUAUGGCCAUUCGGGCCAGGCCUCUGGCCUCUACUCGGCCUUCUCCUACAUGGGGCCCUCACAGCGGCCCCUCUACACGGCCAUCUCUGAUCCCAGCCCCUCAGGGCCCCAGUCCCACAGCCCUACACACUGGGAGCAGCCAGUAUAUACGACGCUGUCCCGGCCUUAAAGGGGGCCCUGCCACCACUGCCCCCUGGCCCCUCUGGGUAGCGCAUCCCUCCCCCCAGCCCUUGCGCCCUGUUCCUCGCCCAUCUCAGGCCUGGUGGUGGCUGUGGAGGAGGCUGCAGAGGCUGACAGCUGAGGGAAGGCUUU